GUUUUCCCUUCCCGCUGACGUCUGGACGGCGCAGCCUCAGCUCAGCCUCCUGGAGCUGCGGUGACAGUCGGUGCUGAUGGUUGUUAUUGUCGCUUAUUUGUCACUGCUCCAUGUUCUUUCGACUCGGGCAGCUUCAGAGUGCGCGAGAUCCUCAAGGAGGGCGGCUCAGAAGCGAUGUGGAGUCGAUCCUUCUCACCUGUGGGGUCGGGGUGCGCCGCCCCCCGAUCUGAAAGUGGGGCGAGCUCUUCCCUAACUCGACUGUUUGCUUUCUUACUUCCCUAAAACUUCGAGAGGAAGCCCUCUAUUGAACACAGACAUUAAAAUUCUAACCACCGUAGCUAAUUUGGAUCAUAAACAACCAAAUGAAUGGGAGCAGCUGUGGCUUUGACAAGUCCAGAAACAGAGGUUACAUAUCUGGAUAAUUUGCUAAAACAUCAAGCUAUGCAGAAAAGCCCCAAGAGGAACAAUAAUUCAAGAGUUUCUGGCAUAAAAUUGAAUUCUGUGGAUGCUGAGAAGGAAAAAAAAGAGAGUCAGAAUAAUUUUGUUGAACUGCUGCCUCCAGAAGUCACUUUUAAAAUUUUUAGUCAGCUGGACAUGCAGAGCUUGUGCAGGGCUUCCAUAACAUGCAGGAGCUGGAAUUACACAGUAAGAAACAGUGACUCCUUGUGGAAACCUCACUGCUUGACCCUAAGAGCUGUGUGCCAAAGAGAAGUAGACAACGAUCUAAAGAGUGGAUAUUCCUGGAGAGUAAUACUACGGAGGAAUUACCAGAAGAGUAAAGUGAAACAUGAAUGGCUAAGUGGCAGAUACAGCAACAUAUGUUCUCCUCUUAGCCUACCAGAAAAAAUCAUGUACCCCAUGGAUGUAGAUACAUGGGGGGAAAUUCUAGAAGCAGAACUGGAGAGAUAAGCUGAAAAAUUACAAACACAUCUUGUAAUUUGAAAGUUUAAAACUAAAAUGACUCUUCGGUUUGUUUAACAUUCAAAAGAAAAUAUUGUAAAAGUCCAGCUUUGUUUUUAUCCUGCACUUUCAUAAAAAUUCUGGCUUUACUGUAAUGUGGAAAAAUCAUGAUAUGUUAUUUAUGUAAGAAAUACUAUACUGAUAGAGUGAUUUCAAAAUGUAUUGCUUCAUGUAUUUAUAUUAGUAUAUUGCAGUACUUUAAUGACAAGAGAGUUUGAUUGAUAUUUUCUGCUUAGUGGUAAUUUAAAAAUUCAGGAAACCAUAUGAAGAAACUGAUUAGUGAUUCAUUAAGCAGUAGACAUAACUAGGCUCAUAACUAGGAGUAGACAUAAUUAGGAAGACUACCUAAAUGAAAUUAAUAGCAACAUGCUGAAAUGUAUAAUAAAUUUAUACUUUGAUAA